AUGGAAGCCCGCGCCCUCGCCCGCCCAGCGGCAUCCUUCCUUGCCAAUCUCUCGGCCCACGGCACGACCGUCACCCGCCGCUCCCAUCAGACCUUCUCCCGCACCAAACGCGCCCUCAACAUCGCACCACACCCUGCCUUCACCACCUCUCCCGCCGGCAAUUCCAACACCAUCAUUUUCAACCCUCCGGCCGCCGAACCCUCCGUCCACCACACACCACAGAAAUUCCUUCCCAAGUCCGAUCCCCGCCGGAAACACGCCGACCUCGCCGCCCUCUUCGCCUCGCCCUACGCUGCACCAGGAACCGUGCCCUCCUCUUCUUCCACCACCACCACCACCACCACCGCGGACGCGGACGCCGGGCUCCCUCCAGCCCUGGACUUCCCCUCCCGCAACAACCCGCGUUACCACCUGACGCGGGAAGACGUGGCCGAGAUCCGCCGCCUGCGCGCCGAGGACCCCGCGCGGUGGAGCGUCAACCGCCUGGCGAAGAAGUUCGACUGCUCCGAGGUGUUCAUCACCAUCUGCACCCCCGCGCCGCGCGAUCACAAGGAGAACCUGGAACGCAAGCUCGAGGCGGUCAAGAGACGGUGGGGUGCCAUCCGGACCAAGGCACGCGUCGAACGGGCUAAGCGGAAGGAUAUGCUGUUCCGGGGUGAGCUCUGA